AUGUCUCGUCAAUUUGCAAGAAAUAGUAAUAUUCUUAAAGCUAAAAUAGACAACGUUCUUCCAAAUCUUAACGUUUUGGAAGAAUACAGCGAAUGCUUAGGCAAGGUCGAAUUGCGUCAAAAAGAUCUGGACGAGAUCACCGUCCUUCUUUUUGAACGCAAAGAAGAAUAUUUUCUUCUAAGAAAUCGCCGAUUAAAUGAAUUCAUGCAUGGAUUCAAUUUAAUUUCGAGGAAGCUUAAAGAAAUGUAUCAGAUUUGGCCUCCUUUUGUGAUGGCGUCAUUUUUAGCAUUAAGCCGUCGAAAAAGAGCUGGAAAAAGAUCUGGUGGAGAAAAG